AGUGGCAGCUCUGGCGCCAUAUUGUUCACGCUCGACUCUUCAGUUCGGUAGUGAAAACAAGUGAGGAGUUGUGACAAAGUUCUAAGGAAACUGGGCUAACUCACCUUAUUAAAUAAUUAAGUGAAAGCAUGGAAUUGGAGGUAAUUGUUAAGCGAUGAAUAUUUAAACUGCGAGUUAUUUUGUCCUUUUUUUUUUACCAUGGACCUCAGGUUCACAUUCUGUGACCUGAUUCCGCAUCAAACAUUUGAAAUUUAAUUUGGGUAAACAUUACAAGACAUUUUGCACUCUUUACUCUGUGGUCUACACUGUAACUGUAGUUGUAGUCUAAGUACUAAGUUAGUUAAGUCUAGGUUAGGGCUAUGGUGAACCAAACGUCCAGUAAAAAAGGGAUUUUUCACGAUCGUACCCGGUGUCCCGAAAAAGUCUCUCGGGACGCCUAAAUGUCCCGUUUCAAAAACAAAACACAUUUUCAAAUCACUAAUAACAUCACUUUGGAGAUGGUGUCGGUGGGUCAUCGAGUUUACACUCAUAAUACCCCCCUGGCACGCCCCCAAACGGGCCAGGGCAGAAGCCCCAGACGUGCGGAAGCACGCCAGGAACUUCCCUCCUGGCCUGAGGGACGUCCGGCGGACCGAGGGCGCUGCGUUUAAAGGGUCCGUAGUCCACUCUCCUAUGGGUCAGGAUGGCUUUACUUAGUCUCCGGAGAGGUGGUGUUGCGUUACCACUCCCCACCGCCCAGGGAGCUGUCCGGUCGGGACGUAGCGGGGACGAAACGGUCACCUAGGGGCGGCUUUCUCAGGGCCGUGUCUUUUUAAUCAUUGACAAGGGUUUGGGCGGCCCCCCAUUGUCUCAUACCCAUCAACGGCAACUGUAAUCAUAUUAGCGCUCAACUUCCGUUGCGUAGGAAGUCAUGCUUUUGACUGGGAUUAUUUAGCUUCAGAAGGGAACCCCCCCCCAUCCUACUAGUCGUCACGCCACGAAGAGGCAAAAUCCCUUGUAACACCACUCGAGCAAGUAGUGCUGAGCAAAGACCUUGCAGAGCUCGGUCUUUGCCCGACCGCUCAAAUCACUAAAACUUCAUAAUUUAUAUUAUAACUUUAAGUAAAAUUUUGGCUAGCUGUGUUAACUGUACUGUACUGUGUAGCCAGUAGUCAGUAGUGAUGUGGACUUGCGCGAUGGCUGCAUUUAAUUUGUUGUGUUGUAUUAUGUUGUAAAAUAUGUAAAUGUAUAAAUAAAUAAGUAUUCACUAUUCAAUGACAAAUUAUUGUUUUCGUUUAUGACAUGCCUCAGAGUUUAAAUUAAAUUACAACAGUGAAGGUCAUUUUAAAAAGAUUUCUAGGUCUCAAAAUAGUUAAAAUGAGCAUAUUUCAAUAAACAGUUUCCGGCGGGGGCCCCUGGACCCUUCUUUAGCUAGAGGAUAUUCCCCCCCCCCCCCUUAUCCUCCUUGGGUGUGUCCCAUUUUUUCCAGUUCAUGAUUUAAAAAGAUUUCUAUGUCCCAAAAUAGUUAAAAUGAGCAUAUUUCAAUAAACAGUUUCCGGCGGAGGCCCCUGGACCCUUCUUUAGCUAGAGGAUAUUCCCCCCCCCCCCCUUAUCCUCCUUGGGUGUGUCCCAUUUUUUCCAGUUCAUGAUUUGGUCACCCUAAUCAUAAUUUUGUUUUCAAGCUAGAUUUCAUCAUAAAAAAGCAUGACUUUAAAUUUAACUUAAAAUUAAAAAGUAGUGUUGGAUGUUUGUUAUUGUUUGUUAUAAAUUGGGUAAAUUUUUGGUUAGCAGUCUGGGCAUGGGUUUUCUUAUUCUAUAUAUUAUUAUUAUUUUAAGGGCCCACGAUCAAUGUAGUAUUAGUAUUAGUGUAGGUACUUUGAUAAAUGAUAAGAUGCGGUCGAGAUCGUCAUUCUAGGACUGGCUUAAGUGAGCCACUCGUGGAAGUGUAGGACUACAUAGCUACUCCAUCAUCUAAUGAAGACAGAAGGAUGCCUUAUAUUUGAUAAAAAAAUUAAAACUUUUUGUAAAAAUAAACCAAUGGCAUAGUUGAAUUGAGCUAAUUUUUAAAAUAAUUUUAACACAUAAAUCAUAUUUUUAGCUGUUGUAGUUUUAAAGUUAUGAAUUUAUAAAGUACGAAUUCAUUUGUCCUUUUUUAACAUGGACAUGGACUGCAUCUCCACAUUCUGUGAUCCAAUUCCGCUGUUUGCGUCACAAGCUAUAUAACUCUUGUUUUAAUGAUAAUUUUUUUUCAGAACUAAUGCUGUAUUAAAAAAUUUUUUUAAUAAUGUUAACAAUUAUUGAUAAAUUUUAGCUUAUUUAACUAUGCACUAUUUAUAUCAGUAAAUUUAAUAUAAUGUAUUAAUAUAUGGCUUUUCUGUUUACCAAAUCUACAACGCUCAUUAUACCCAUAUAUGCUAUAUAGCCUAUAUAAGGCAACUCAUGCCCUAAUUACUAAAAUACUGUUUGGGAACUAAUUAUUUUGAACUUUCAACUUUGGCACAUGACUAAUUAAUUAAAUUUCCCUGACCUUGUUUAAUAGUUUUUGCACAAGGCGAACUUUUAUGAAUGAAAACUCUGAGAUAGUAGUAUGGUAUAGCCAUUAUGCAAGUCACUGAAUGGCUGCCAUGACAUUUUGCACACAGCAAAUUAUGAUCAUUUAUAAUAUGGACUCUGUCGGGUUUUUAACCUCAAAUUUAAAUAUUAUUAUUUCAAUAACAUUUAAAUUCAUUCUAAAACAUAAGUUAUCAAAUAUUUUGAUGUAAAUAGUGGAAAUAAUUAAAUAUUUCCUAAGUAACAGCGUCUUCCGCCAAUGAUAUCUCCGCAUUUUUGGCAUCUGCUAUAGGGACCAUAACUCCAAUGAUACAGUGAAAGAAAGGGAUCAUCAGGCAAUUGGGGAGUAUGAUGACCUACUGGUGGCUGUGAAAAAACGCAAACUACAAUGGUACGAACACGUAACAAGGGCUUGCCAAAGAAAUAUUGCAGGGCACCACAAGAGGAGGGAGAAGAAGAGGAAGACAAAGAAAAAGAUGGGAUGAUAACAUCAAAGAGCGGACAGGACUAACACUGGGCGAUGCAGUGCUUAGUGCUGAAGACAGAGAGGAAUGGAGGAGGAUGGUUCACAUGUCAUCUGUGGCGCCCCAACGGUCCAAGGACUAAGGGACAUGAAGAAGAAGAAGAAUUUCGGCUCCGGCUCCUAAACUAUUUAUGUAAUGUAAUCGUAGAGGGAUUUGCAAUUUUUCUGUGCCUGUCUGUGCUGGACAAGGGCUACUCAGGAACUGGGAUUUGUAAGGCCUGAGGCAAUAGACACAAUGUGUCAAAUUGUUGUCACCUCUAUUGUUCCUUUUUUGGAAGCAUGUUCCAGUCCUUGAUUGAGUUUGGUGACCAGCCCAGUGUUUCCAGCAUGCUGCCAACACUAGAGAUGCUCCUGAAGCAGCUCAGAACAAAGCGCGCUGCCAGUCAUUGGACCGCCUCCAACCUGUUGAUGCUCUUCUGGGUGACUGAAGAUGCAUAAUCCAGAAGCAGCUGGGCAAAGGCUUUGUAGGUUUUUUUCUUUCACACUGUGAAACUAAAGUUGCUGAUCUUCAGAAUUCGCCUUAAGAACCACAUGUUGCACACAUUGUCCCAGCGGACCUCUAUUUGAAUGGUAAAACAGAGGUACUUGGUUCAACUAUAUGGCCAUGCAGUUUGUUUUGCCAAGAAUUAUCUCACCCUAUAAGCCUCAAGACAUCACUUUGGGUAGCCACUUCAGUAAAGCAAGGGAGACUACUAAUUUUUUUUAUGGGAAAUAGGCUUCGGCGCAGGAGAAUCCACGUUUUUAAUUUUGUACGUCAGUGUUUUUUCCUUAAUGAAGGAAUAAAUUAUAUCCAACAAAUAUUUGUUUAUUUUUCAGAAUAUUGUUGAAGAGGCUGUGGAUGAAAGGGCCCAUGAAAGACUCCUUGACUCUUUGUUUGCUUUAGAUGGGAAGAAAAGGUAUUAACAUGUUUUCAGGUCCGUGUUCCAUGAUUAUCCAUGUGGAUAGCAUCUGAAAGUAAAAUUAAACGUAAAACUGUACAGAAUGACUUAUAUUUUAAAACUUAUUAGUUAUUUUAUUAGGGUUAAGGGGUUCUCGAAUUUUUUAAAACUUAGUACUUUUCUAUUGCUCAACAGAAUAUUAAAAUAAAUAUACAAUAAAAUAAUAUAUGUCUUCUCCAAAAAUUCCCUAUUAAGGAUAAAUGUUACUAUUAAUUUGUAUUUGUAGUUUGUGGCAUCAUGUGCUCAAGCCUGGUUACAAUGGAACUCCAAAAGUAGUGCAAAAUAUUUUCUGAAUGGUACUUAACCAUCUCAAAAUUGUACAAUACCUUAUCGUAAUAGCAAAUAAAUAAAUAAAUAUGAAUUAUGAUGUAUACAAUAACUGAUUGCAUUUUAUGUAUAAAAGGGGAUUUUCCAAAAGUAGAUAACUGAGGUUUAUGUAUUUAAAUUGAUUAUAUGUAGUGCUCUAUUGCAAAUAAAAAGGUGCCAGUCAAUGCCACUUUGAUAGAUGAAGAUGGGAUGCUGCUCAACUUACCAGAACAAAGGGGGGGGGGGGGGAGGUAUUGACAGGAGAAAUUUUUUUAUAAGUUAAAAAUACAGUGAUUAAAUUCUAGCAUAAGCCUGAAUUUAAUUCAUUUAUCAUUCUGUGCUUAAUAAUCAGAGAAUAACGGAAGAAAUUCUUGUGGAAACUUAGGUUCCCUUUACCUUGUUGCAUUAAUAUAAACUGUUACAAAUCCUUUAAUUUUAGUACUUACUAAAGUAGUAAAAAAAUUUUUAUUUUAUUUUAUUUAAGAUUUUGGAUUACUUAUUUCAAUCUUUUUUUUUAAAUCAGUCCAACAUAAAGCAGUCAGUACCGAUACAUCAAAGUGAUGCAUACCAUGUAUUUAUUUCAAAUGUAUUGGUAGAGGGGAAGGGGAUUGCUGAAACCAAACUGGGGUAUUAAAGCUACUUCUAAAAAUAGAUUUCCUUUGCCCCUGAAAACAGCAUGUAUAUAUUUUUCAACUCUGGUCUCUUAAAAUUGUAGAUGUGAUGAGCAUUAUUUGCCUUACAAUUGUAAAAAGACAUCUCAAAAUCAAACAUUGUAGGUCAAAAUUGUAACCAGGUCUGUGUGCUAGCUAGACCUUUCACUUUCAUGCCCUGGAUAUUUACGUUAUCUAUUGCACAAUAUAGUUUGACUUUUCAAGUUGAGGAUAAUUACUUGAGCCAUUAAUUCCAAUUGUUUAAAGAUUUUGAUAAGCAAACUUAUUACUUUACAUCCUCUAUCUAAAUUUGACUUACAUAUUUUUUGGAAAUGUCAGCAUUUAAGUGGGGUCAGGUCGUAGGAGAUUUUUGUAAUUUUCUCCAGGUAAUUAAAAAAUGAAACUUUUAUUGUAGAUUGUGGAAGUCCUAGUCUACUGUAUAGCAAAAUUCUAAUGUGUUACCGGAAACUUAAAAUAUUAAUAAACAUCAGCUCUUACCUUAAUUAUUUAUUUAAUUUAAUUUCCUCAAAACAAAAUAAGGUUUUAAUGUCAUAUUUAAAAUUUUUUAUUUCCACAUCAAUUUUUAAUUCACACGCUUUCAACAUUUUUUACCACAUGACAAUAACAUUAAAAAAAGAUAUCAAAACAUAUUCUGUUCAACUAUUUAUUAAAAAUGUCGGAAGUAGAUACCGGAACUACUCUGUGAUGUGUCCUGCAUAAUUUCAACCUUGAUAUUCUUAAGGAAAAUAUUGCUUGCAAUGGAAUAUUAGGAGUUUGUUUUGGUUAUACAUUUUGAAACACUUUUUAGGCUUUUCCCAAGCAAACCAAAGGGGAUCUGCACAUCAGCAAACAGGCUUUAGAUUGAGUAUCUAUGGUAGUAUAUUUAGUAGAAAAACAGGUUGGUCUCACUAGUUUGAGCGAAAGCAAUCAUAUUUGAUUAAAACACAACUCUUUCUAAAAAAUAUAUCAUGGUCUGAAAAACAACAGGAGUAUUUAUUAUUAUAUAUGUUUCCAAUGUUCAGUUAAUGUAUCUAUAAUACUAUAAUAAUUUUUUCAAUCGUUAACUAUUAUGUAUUUAUAAUGAUAAUUGUUGAGUUAAUGCUUUUUACAGACACAAUGUUGCCUUACGACGCUCUACAAAUUUCUCAAGCAACUUGGAUCUUGUGGUACAUGCAAGUCAAGGUAUUGUUAGUUGUUAACCAGUUAAGUUACCUGUUAUUAAGUUUUUUAAUGGUAUCCUUAAAUGUUCUGUGGUUUCAUAAUGUGUUGUUAGAUGUCCUAAGUUGUGUUGUUAGAUGUCCUAAGUUGGGGAUGAUAUACCCAAUUUUGUGUUGCUAUCUAUUUAUUGUGACUCAGUUUUUGUUGGUGCCUACAAUUUUUGAGUGGUCUUUUAAUUCACUUUCAGAUACUGCCAAAAUUCAGCCCGGUGACCUUAAGCUGAAACGUAAAAAUGCUUCCUUUCACUUAAAAAAGCCACUGGGCACUCUAGAAUUAGAAAAGGUAGGACAAGUUCUUGGCUUUUAUGUAACCUGUUCAGAAAUAUACUUGUGGGUGAAAUUCAGGGUAACUGGAUUUUUAUUUUAAUGAAUCCAAUUCUUCUUUUUAUAGAUAAAAUGAUGUGGCUGCAUUUGGGAUGAACUAUAAGGGAUAAGUAGUAAUUUAGAGAUGCUAAAGAAAUUUAAUGCUUUCAACUCUUGUUUUGUAAAAAUGUUUUGAUGCUAAAUAGGUGUCUAUGUUGAACUUUUACCUGUUUACAUAAUCAGUGUUAAAAUGUAUUUUCAUUUUUUAGACGAAGCGCAAACUAACAAGAGAAGCUUUGGUUACUGAAAUGACCAAAUGGGAUCCUGUUGUUAAAGAAAUGAGAUCGGUAGGCCUUUUUAUUUACUUUACCUUACAGUGGUUUUAAAGACUGUUUAAACUAAGGAAAGGGGUAAUAUGUGCUUAGUAAGUGAUGAAAGGUUUGUUUAUAAGAAAGGUGAUUGCAUCUACAGGUGCUUAAAAGUUUAAUGGUAUGUAAUAUGCUGAUAGGUUUUAAAUUAAAUUUUAGGCUGAUCAAAUUGCAUAUUCAAAAAGACAACAUGGAAUCCAGAUGUUUCAAGCCGUCCAGCCUCAGGCCUUUGUUGUAAGUAAAGAUGUUUCAAGUGGGUGACUUAUUAAGGUAAUUUUGUUGGGCUAUGUCAGUGGUUCCUAGAAUUGUUUUGAUUUUUGGCACCCUUGCCAAUUUAGGUUUUCACCAGGCACACUAUUUCAGAUUCUAACAAAUGCACUUCUUCAGGAUAGCUAUGAAAAUUUUAUUAAAUAAAGGGUUGCCCUUUUUGCAUUGCCCAAGGAAUGCCCUGUCCCUCCAGGUGACAUGGCAGAUAUUUUGGGAACCACUGGACUUGCCAAACUGCUGUGAAAACCUAUGACAGAUUUAUUUUAUGGUGACUCAUAAUUGUCUCGAUAAAUUGAUUUUUUGUGCUUGAUUUUUGUUUUUGUUUUGUUUGUUGAGGGGGUAUUUACUUACAUAAACUCAUGGGUGGCACUUGAAUGCUCCAGAACAAAAUAAAAAAAAAGUCAAUAAUUUAUUUAAAAGAUUAAAAAUAUUUUAUUUGUAAACAAUUAUUAGAAAUAUGUGAGACCCGAAAGAAGAUAAUAAGAUUGAUUCAAUGAACAUCUACAUAUUGGACAAAAAAAGCAAGCAUGAAGGCAUGUCAAAUUAAUCCAUCUUAGCACUGAUUUCUUAGACAAAUACACCAUCAAGAGUUAUGCUACCCACUUCCAAGACAUAGUUUACAUACUUUAACACCACUUGGUCAGAAAUGCAAAUUACCUAUAUUAAAUUCGUACACUAUAUGUAUGUCUAAGGUUGUUGGUCUUUUUCUAGUAUCAUUUUGAACUAUGAAUCACCAUUUUAUAAACGUCAACAAUGAAAGGCGUAAAUUUUAAGACCCUUAGUUUGCUCCACUGAAAAGAAAAAUUUAUUUGCUCAAAUUUUUUCAGCCCAGGACACCCUUGGAACAGGAGAUAUAUGCUGCGUUGGGUAAAAGUCAAGAUACAUUGAAGCCUCAUCAAGAAUUCACCGAAGCAGAAGCACGAGCUUUGAAAGCUAUGUCAAUAAAAGAGGUAAAGGCCAUGUAUGCUCUAUAUGGGAAUGGCCACACACACUGAUUCCCCAUUUACUUUAUGUUAUUAUUUAGGCAGAGUUACAUCCAUAUCUUGAAAAUGUCGACCUGUAAACUGAAUGCUCCCCUUGCUGGGAUACACGUGUUGAAGCUUUUUCUCACCAUUUUACUGUUAUUUAACCCUGCUGCUUAUGGUGUAAUUUUAAAUUUCCAAUUUUGAACACUAUCUUAAAAUUUAACCAGAAAUUAAGUUCUCAAGAUAUUGAUCUAUUUUGAAAGUUUUAUAUUUUUCAUUAUUUUUGUAAUUAUGUCGAUUUCAUAAGUAUAAAAAAUGUGAUAUCUCACCAACUUACAUCACAGUUUUCAUAAGAAACACAAAAAGCAUAUGGCCUGCAGUGUAAUGAUUGCUAUAAAAAGUCAUAAGGCCAUAUAAAAAAAUAAUUUUAAAUAUGUUUAGAUCUUAUGGAGUUUCUGGAAAAUGCAGGAUUACAGAAAAAUGUCAUUUAUUGCACAUAAUUCAAUGUUCAUAACAUCUUAAAAAUUAUUUGAGUUGCUUCCAUGAAACUUGUGCAUAUUAAUUAAUGUAGCCAAAUAGUCAAAGUUUUAAAAUAAUUGUAUAUUAACUCUUAGGUAUACAAUUUAAAUACAUCUCUUCUUCAUGUAGAUUGUCAUAAAUCUUUAGAAGAAAAAAAAAAAAAAUAUUUUAAAAAUUGUACAUAAAUAAAUCUUAGCAAUCUGUGUAACAAUUUCUAAGUUAAAUUGAAGACUUUCUUUUUACUUGCAAAUCCAUGUGGAUUAUUUUGUUUACCAUGUGACUAUGUCACUCAGUAGCUUCUCUGUCUCAUGCACACCCAAAGGGUCUCAUCUAAGCUGUGUGUACAUCGCGUCUGCUUCGUUCAGUGAACACAUGGAAAAGGGUGGGAUUGGAAGUUUGUAUAAAGGAUGUAAGACUGGGGAUUUUAUAAACAAAAAAGAAAAUAAUACUUCGUCUGUCAAUAAUAUAGAGAUUAAAAUUUCAAUACCGGUUUAAAAGGAGCAAAUAAAAAUUAAAAAAUACUUUUAAAAAGGCCUUUCUUUCUGCUACUAGCAAAUCCAUGGGGUAAGAAAAUAUUUUCAAAAAUUAAUUUAAAAAAAUUUAAUUUUCAUUUGUAUGCAUUCUUUUUGAAUCCUUGGGCUACAUAGAGUGUUUAUCUACACUUAUGUGCAGUCUUUCUUUACGUAAUGCAUUUUAAGAAAUUAUAACUUAUUUUCUACUUUUUUAGAUGUUUAUUCUUGUCUUUGAUAGAAAGUUUUUUUUUUUUGUAUAUAAAGAACUUGUUUCUUUCUAUUAUAAGAUGUUCAAACCCUCCACAAAUGAUUUACACUUAAGGCUUUGUAGACAUUACAGCUACCUGGCGAAAAAAUUGUCUAAGUAACCGAUGCAGAGGCCUUCAAAUAUACUAUGUACGAGUAUUUAGUGCAAUCUUUAUGUGUCAGUUCUAUUUAGCUGUCAACAUGGUGAGAAACCAUUCACAGCUAAGUGUCUCUAUGGAUGUGUUAGUGCUAAUUCUAAUUUUGAUUUUUCUUAAUAUUUGUAUUUUGGGUUUAUCCUGCAACCCUGACAGGAAAGGAGACCAAAUUUAUAAGGAGUGCUGUGACCUUGCAGGCUAUUUGGGGGGGUUUACAACAGUUGAAUACUAAGUGUUUUUUCCUACAUAAUUAAUUGAAUUGCCAAAACAUCCAAUUGAUGCCACUAUUUUUAGAAGUUUAUGAAGCAUUGCUACCAUGAAUUUUACUUUAUAGUGGUUGCAUUUUUUAAUUUUUACUAAAUUCACCAAAUUACUACAUUUAAAAAUUAAAAAAAAACAACAAAACAAUUUUUCUAUGCACAAAUUACUUGCAAAAAAAUUUCCUGGACCCAUGUCAAAUGUAGCGCAUGAAAUUAAUUUAAAAAUUAAUCAUGGGUGUCUUCAUGGGUAUGUUGAACAGUAAUACUAUUUGAGUUUUGUGAGGAGUUAUGUUUUUUAUUUUUUUAUUAUAAUAUAAGAAACAAAUCAUUUCUUCCCCAGUUUGCACAACAGUUUAUUUUGUGUAUCUUUGUUAUUUUAAGGCCAGGGCCAGGAGGAGUGAGUUGAUGAAGCAUCAUGAGCUGCUUUCAAGGAUUGAGCAGAAAGCUAAACGUCAAAAGAAAAUUAAAAGCAAACGGUAAGUAUUGACCCACAUGGUGAUUUUUUGCUGUGGCUCUCUUUAAAGAUGGAAACUCCUUAUGCCUACUGUGUGGCAUUCAUCAAUUAUGUUUACAUAAAGGGUGAUGAGUGCACCCUGUGACCUUGUGCUUUGGGCCUGUUGAAUGUAAAAUGAAGCUUUGCAAUGUUCAUCCAUUUGUUUGUUCUACGGCACCGCUACUUGCCAGACAUUUUUUCAAGAAAUGGUUGCUGCAUUAUUAUAAAUCUAGGAGAUUUGGUGGCCCAGAGGUAGCCCUUUGACCCAGAGGAAGCCCUUUGUCUCCCACUGACCUUUAUUUCACCUUGAGGAAUGUUACCUCUUAAUUGUAUUUUGGUAAAAUUUAAAAACUUAUAUUUCCUAUAAUUACCAUUUACACAUAACAUCCGAUUUUGAUAUUUUGUUAACCUCAUAAAAUUUACCCAACCUUGCAGUGUCAAAGCUUAACUGCUAUCUGGGGUGAAAUCCCAAAUUAGACCCCACCCCUAACACAAUAUUGGUUAUAAACAUUACACCUCCUCCCCUCAAGAUAUGUAACUGUACCUUUUUACACAUUCCUGAACUAUAUAAAUACCUUUUUUAGGAUUACACACGUCUGAACUAUAUAAAUACCUUUUUACACUCUCCUGAACUAUAUAAAUACCUUUUUUAGGAUAACACUCCUGAACUAUAUAAAUACCUUUUUUAGGAUAACACUCCUGAACUAUAUAAACACCUUUUUACACACGCCUGAACUAUAUAAAUACCUUUUUUAGGAUAACACUCCUGAACUAUAUAAAUACCUUUUUACACACUCCUGAACUAUAUAAAUACCUUUUUUAGGAUUACACACGUCUGAACUAUAUAAAUACCUUUUUACACACUCCUGAACUAUAUAAAUACCUUUUUACACACUCCUGAACUAUAUAAAUACCUUUUUACACUCUCCUGAACUAUAUAAAUACCUUUUUUAGGAUUACACACGUCUGAACUAUAUAAAUACCUUUUUACACACUCCUGAACUAUAUAAAUACCUUUUUUAGGAUUACACACGUCUGAACUAUAUAAAUACCUUUUACACACUCCUGAACUAUAUAAAUACCUUUUUUGGGAUAACACUCCUGAACUAUAUAAAUACCUUUUUUAGGAUAACACUCCUGAACUAUAUAAAUACCUUUUUACACACUCCUGAACUAUAUAAAUACCUUUUUUAGGAUAACACUCCUGAACUAUAUAAAUACCUUUUUUAGGAUAACACUCCUGAACUAUAUAAAUACCUUUUUUAGGAUAACACUCCUGAACUAUAUAAAUACCUUUUUACACACGCCUGAAUUAUGUAAACACCUUUUUCAGGAAAAUGGAACGUUUUUUCUUAAUUUUAAAGAAAAAGUCUAUAAACCAACUUUUACAUCUGCAACAUCAUCAGGUUUUGAGAUUGGUUUCCUAAAAAGAAUGUACCACCCCAUUUUCAUCUCCCCCAACCACCCAUCCACGCACAAACACCCUCUCAGUGAUCUCUCCCUCCCCCCUCUCUCUCAAAUGGUUUUUUUUGGGGGGGGGGGGAGGAAAUAUGGCAGUUUUCACAUCUGUAAAUUCAUAAGAGCUGUCACUUUACUGAAAGGACCAUAAUUCAGAUUUCCUCACCCCCCCUGGCAGGAUCCCCACUCAAAUGGUUUUUUUUUGGGGGGGGGGGGGGAGGAAAUAUGGCAGUUUUCACAUCUGUAAAUUCAUAAGAGCUGUCACUUUACUGAAAGGACCAUAAUUCAGAUUUCCUCACCCCCCCUGGCAGGAUCCCCGAUGAUGUUGCUCUGUUCAUUUUGGGGAUCUGGACUAAAAGUUAAAGCAAGUUACUGCAGUCCUGUAAAUUACUAAGUUUAAAAUAAAUCAGUAAUUUUUGCAUAAAUUUAUCAUGGGGUUGAGAGAUUUGGAUUUUUGUCAAUGCUGGGUGACAUUUUUAUUAAACAGAUAUCGCAAACUACUGAAAGCCGAUAGACUAACAGCAGAGAAGAGACAAAUGGAAUAUCUUCAAAAAAAUGAUCCCGAUGCUUUACAUGAGAAGUUGAAAAAAAUUCAUGAAGAUAGAAUGGAGGUGAGUACCUUCUAGGAUGGGAUUAAGUCAUUUGUAGAGAGAGAGUCGACAGGAGCAAGCUGAAAGUAUACUUCUAAGGUUCACAGCACUCCAAAGAACCUGGGAGCACCCCUUGGAAAUGCAGUGUGAAAUUUCAGGGAAAAGGGGAUUAUAAAGAACAGAGUAGGCAUUAGCUUUAAAUGUUUGACUGUUCUCUUUGUAAUUAAAUAAUUUAAUAGCAAUUUCAUUAUUUUCACAUUUUAAAAGCAUUGUUACCCUAAUAGGGCAUGGUAGACUUGGUAAAACAAUUUCAUAGGAGGAGCGAAGUAAAGAAAGGUUGGGAAACUCUGCUCGUAAGUGAAACAGGAUUUUUCCACAGCUCCAUAAGUCAGAACAAUCAGCUGUUGUGUAGUGUUACAUAUUUUAAGGCCCCCAGUGUUACGUAAAUUGAUUACUAGGACUACUAGUACUAUACUAUGACUUAUUCGUCCGUCAAAAUCAACUAGGACCAUCAAGUCAUCCAGUUAGAGGGGAGGGUGGGUUAUGGUGAGCUCAUAGGUGGCUUGCUAGACCGAUCCUUGCUCGGAAAAAUAUCUGGCACCUCUGGCAGGGGAUAGUUGCUGCAGUCGGUGAUCUACUAUUGCUCUUUGGGAAGAGCCUGCGUGUCCUGUUGGCUUCUUGAGAUUUAGCCCCUUUCUUGACAGCUGCUCUCCAACUGGCUCUGUCCUGGGCUGUCUGCACCUAUUUAGUAGGGUUGACGCUGAAGGCCUUUAGUGCCGCUUCCAGUGAGUCUUUAUAACACUUUUUUUGGCCUCCUUGGGAGCGCUUGCCUAUCAUGAGUUCUCCAAAGAAAAUUUGUUUUGGGAGCCGGUUGUCUCCCAUACGUGCUACGUGUCCCAUCCAACGGAGUUGAGACUGCAUCAAGAUGGUGAAGAUACUAGGUAGGUUCGCUCUAGCGAGGAGCUCUGUGUCAGGAACUUUGUCUUGCCACCUGAUGCUGAGGAGUUUACUGAGGCAGGUUGUGUGAAAAUGGUUCAGCUUCUUGGCGGGACGCUGGUAGACUGUCCACGUUUCACCUCAGUAGAGCAAUGUCGAGAGGACUGCUGUGCUAGAGACGUUUAUCUUCGUUUCUCGUCUGAUACUAUGACUAGUGUGAGGCUAGUUGCACUGCUACUAUACUAUGGGUAUGAUUUAAUCUAUUAGUAAAUAUUCUAAGCUGACUAUCACCACACUCUCAUCCAACGGCAAUCUCACUCACACACUUCUAUUAAUACUAUUACUAUAUGACUAUAAGAACACAGGUGCUUCAGCCCACGAAUAUAAAUAUUUAAUUACAAGAAGAAUUAACUAGACACAUGUUAUUGCAUAUAAUAUAAACAUAUAAAGCACAACUAGGUAUACUAUAAUACUCUCUAAUACUAAUUGCUAUGUACUAAGUUAUGACUGGCUGGUUAUCUUGUCCGUCCUCAAGUAAGCCCAAAUUACGCACACAGCAGCAGUAGUCUGCCUCUCUCUCUCGCUGGUGACUGCGCGGUCUGGGACACGAUGGGUGUAGACUCUAACUAACGGUGGGGCACACACGUCCUGUGCGGCUGACGAGAGUCAUUGGUUAUCUCCCGUAAGCCUAAUCUACACUUGAAUUCUUUAAUAGGAUGUCAGCGUUAGUCUGGACACUAACUGACUGACUCCAACUCAACUCAACUGAACUGGUCUAUACUGGACUAGACUCAACUGUACUCGUCUAUACUAUACUGUAUACUAUACUGCCUGUCUACUACACUGGCUACAAAUGAGAAUAAGGAAUACAACACAUAAGACGUAACUAAGACAUUCAAAUCACAUCACACGAUUAAUCAUUAUCAUAAGCUAACUAAUAAUACUAACAUUUCUUAAUCAAAACUACAAACACAUGGAAAUUAAAGACAACUAACCCAGCCCAUUUUGGAUAAACAAAACUUCAUCACAAUAAUCUAGCUAGCCAGGCUCUGCUGCCAAAUUACAGGUAAAAGAGAGGGGGUAGCGUCGUGCGCUCCCUUUUAUACCUUAUCUGUGGCGUCAGCGUGGGUACGCCUGGUUCAGAAAGCUCAUUGUUUCAGCUGGGUCAAGGUGACCAGUUUAAUUUCCAUUGUUAGUAAUGUUAGGCCCAGCUUAAUUGUGCAAUAUCACGUGAGGUAGGGAUGGAGAGAGUGUGAGCCAGCGGGUCUCAAAAAGGUGAGGACCAGCGGAUCUCAACAUGUAGAGCCAGGGUUAGUGCCGUCCAUGGCAGACAGAAAAUUCUGCUGCCUUCCUUCCAUGAAAAAUACUCUGCAGUUAGCAGAAAAUGACAUAGCGCAAGUUCCAUACCUACUCAGUCCAACACAUUUCUUUUGUUUGAUGUUAAUAGUAAAAUUGCCCUGGCCAUUUGUUCUGUGCAUUGAUCUGGUUUGGGUUAAGGUUACGAAAAUGUAUCGACCACAUUCCUUCCUGAUAGAACACCACUGUUUGGACAGUGGAACACCACUGUUUGGACAGUGGAACACCACUGUUUGGACAGUGUAACACCACUGUUUGGACAGUGUAACACCACUGUUUGGACAGUGGAACACCACUGUUUGGACAGUGUAACACCACUGUUUGGACAGUGUAACACCACUGUUUGGACAGUGUAACACCACUGUUUGGACAGUGUAACACCACUGUUUGGACAGUGGAACACCACUGUUUGGACAGUGGAACACCACUGUUUGGACAGUGGAACACCACUGUUUGGACAGUGGAAAUGUUUUUUUAUCAGAAAAUAAAAUCUGUCAAAGUUUUUUUUGUUAAAUACCAUUCAAAGCCAUCCUGGGACCUUGCCAUUUGUUAACAUUGAUUAUAUAUUCUUGAACUUUAUUGAUACUGAGUUUUUGUUUGAUAGAUAUGUCUAGGACAGGCUAGAGUAUGACAGAAUCAAGUUAUCAAAACUUAUCAAAAAAGCUGUAGUUGGCAGAGGAUUGAAAAGGGCUUGUUAAGUCAGAAAGUUUGUUUUGCGAUUUUGAAAUUUUAUAUCAAAUAUUAUUUUUUGUUUUAUUUUAAGGAACGUCUGACCCUCAAACAUAGAGGAGGAGGAAAAUUUUCACGACUUCACAAAGCCUAUAGCAAAUAUGAUGAUAAGGUGAGAUGGUAAAAUAAACCCAGGGUGUGAUGACUGGUACAGUUCCACCCCGGAGUAAUAUCAUAUUUUUAAUUUUUAUAUAAAGUAAAGUUUCAAAAAGGGUGGGGUUCAAUAUAUUAGAAAAACUAAUUGUCUUAGUUGCAGAGAUGUGACUUAACUAGGCACUCUGCUUUUUUCCCCACAUCUAAGUAAAAUUUUGAAAGACCUCUUCUGGAACUUGCUGACCUCAGCAAUGCUCAACUUCAAUGCACUUUUGUUUUGUUUCCAGUAUGGUUUUAUUUGACUCAUUUCAUUGACUGGCCAUUUCUGGCAAUUUCUAUGUCUAGUACUAUAAAACCUAGAUCCAUUAAAAAUUGGCAUAAAAAUUGCUUUAGCAAGUUAGAUUUAUAAAGCUUAAAUAUUGCAGAACUGCAAGUUAGAAAAAAAUGCUAUGAUAACAGUAAGAAUGCAAUGAUAAGAAUUUAUACCGAGAAUAAAUUGAUCUAAAGAUUUUUUGCUCUAUACUGCUGUAAAUCCAAAUCCAUAUGUGUUUUUUUCCAUAGCUGAAUAUCAUUUCACUUAGUUAUUCACAACGCUUUAACUUCUGUCCACUUCCUUUCCUUCCUCUAUCUUACAAAGGGAAUAGUGCUCAGCCUAUUUAUUUAUUUAAAGUUUGCAGAUUAUUCAUUAGGUGUGUUACAAUUAAAUUCCUGAGUUAUGUUUUUACAUAAUUUUUAACUUGUAUUUGGUUUAUUUUAUUUCAGCCUAACCAAGCUUGUCACAUAUAUAUCCCUUUCAAAAACAGUCUCAUAAUUUGUACGCUAUUUUUGCCUCUGAUUUUCAGACACGAGAAGCUGUUCAAGAAAUGUUUAAAAAAAGUAGGGAGCUUACCAAGAAGGAUGAGAAUAUAAGUGACGACGACGACGAUGAUGAUAACAAUAUAAAUACUAAGUUUGAUAAGCUAAUAUCCAAUGUUACAGGUGAAACUAGUCAGGAAAUUAUAAAUCAUAAUGUAAAGUAUCCAAAAAUUAUAAGCGACAAAGCAAAUGCCUGGCUAGAAGGAUCAAAAGCAGGGAAUAAGAUGCCACCCACACAAAUAUUAAACCCAAUUUCAACUUCCACCGAGGCUGUUAUACCAACACCCUUGGCGGAAGAAGCCAGCAGAUUGCCUGACAGUUUGAAGAAAGUGAAUAGUGUUAAUAAAUCCGAACAGGAAAUAACAGAAAUAAAAAAGCAAAGAAAAUCCACGAUUUCAGAGCCUGUGUCUAAAAGGAAAUUAGAAGACAAAAACAAAGAAAGCAAUGCUGAUGACCCAAGUGUGAUUGAUGAAGUGAGAAGCCCUAUUUCAAUGGACAAAUCAAAGUUGAAACGUGAGAAACAGAGGAAACCCACAAAUACUGAUGGAAAGACUCCACAGUCGUCUGGUCCAGAAAAGCCGGUCCCAGAGUCUGUCCUCUACUCACAUGAUUCAAAGACAGAUGAUUCUAAAAAGACUUUGACAAUGGAAGAGUUGUUUCAGGAUGAAGAUGUUAUUGAAGAGUUCACAAAGGAAAAGGCUGAGAUAGAAGGAAGAAAGAAACUUGAGGUUGACCUCAAACUACCAGGUUGGGGAACUUGGGCUGGUCCAGACUACAAGAAAGCUGCAACUAAUAGGCAAAAAAGGUUUGUUCUUUUGUUCUAACUAUAAAAGAAGGCUGGUAUAGCAAUUAAUAAUUUGUAUCUUUUCAUAAGUUUUGUCCCUAUUUGUUUCAAUUAUAAAUGUUCUUCUAGUAUACUGAUUAGGCAACCUUAAAGAGACAACAGAGUGCCCACACAGCAACCCAAAACCCACUUACUUGUGGCAAAGUGCCUACACCGCAGUUUAACCUGCAUACUGAGUUUCUAGUUAAGAAAAAAAACAACUCAUACGUGCCGUCAGAGAAGGCUUUGCUAUAGAUUCGCAACCACUAGUAUUCAUUUGUACAUUUGCCUCAGAUAUCUUUAACCAUAGAGUCAUCAAUCACUUUCAACAUACAUUUCAAUUGAUUCUACAGUUGUGUGUUUGACAGUAAUUUAGCUUCUUAAUUUACCUAUCAUGAACCUGGAAAGCCUUUCUAAACAUUAAACUCUCUUCUCAGUAAAGAAAAAAAUAGCAACUGCUGGUGAGAAAAGAUGUAAAAAUUAGACACAUUUUAUUUUAGUGAGGUUGAUUGACAAGCCUCAAGCAGUGCACUAUAUUUAAAGGAGUUUGAUGGAACAUCAGGAGAAGGUAUUUUUGGGAAAUGAUGAGGCCUUAUUAUCCAUUCCAGAUUUCUCAAACAAUUGCCUAUUAGUACUAUUAGUCAAUAACGUUUUUAUAUAUUUAUAACCAAUUCUUAAUUUUUAUUAUACUUAGAUUCAGUAAAAGUAAAAGAACUCCACAUCAGCGGAAGCCAAGUCAAACAGCCAAGGCGCCAUUUGUCUGGAUCAAUCCUAACAGAGAUGAAGCUAUGAAAAAGUUACUUGUAAGUCGAGCACUCUUAGUGAAACUUUGUUCAUUUAGGCAGGGUUUCCCCACAAUCCCCUACAAAACUAACAUUUCAUUUGUACUUUUCAGUUGAAAAAAACCCUCCAAACUUUUAUUGAAUAACAAAAAGAACAGUAGUACUUUUGAAAAUAAACUUGACUCAUUUGUCAUUAAAUCAAACUAUGAAGUAAAAUGAAAUGUUAAAAAUGAAUAGUUUUGACAUUUAUAUGAUUUAUAUCAUAACUUAAAAGACAGUGGGUCCUGGGCUCUAAUUAUCACUGUUCCUUUCAAACCCUGAAAUAUACUUUUGUAGUCAUUGUAGCCCCUUGUUUGAUUGAUGUAAGCAUGAUUAAACUUUUCCAAUAAAUAAAUUUUAUGCGGCCAUAUUUUAUCUCUUAUUUUAAAUCUCGGAAUGUUGUAAUGACUGCUCUUCUCUGUUAUGAGACUGCUUCUGUGGCAUUGUGGCAGAAAUAAUCAGCAUUUAUAAUUGUCUAUUACUGGACUUUAUGUCAAUCACAUCAAUUUUUAAUAUAUAAAAAAACUGGGGUUGGGGGGUGUUUCCGAGGGGGUUUACCUAGAGUUUUCCCUAUUACCCUCCAUCUUUUCUCUGAGGAUAGAAAAACUUUUGCGCUAUUGCACCCAGUCUUUAAAGGUCAUCUUAAAAAUUUCACAAAAUUUCCUAAUUAAUACUAUAUGAUUCCUUGCCCAAAUGAACCUAACCCUAAAUUGAAUUCAUUUUCUGUUCGCUUUUGGUAUUUUAGUAAUUUUAGUGAUACAUACCAAAAGUUACUAAAAACAGACUAGUUGUCACAGAACUUGAAGCUUCACAGAUUAACAUGAACUGGUUAAUUUUAAAUAUUGAUUUUACAACCUGGUUCUUCUCGGGUGCUGUAACUAGCACUAUAAGACACUUAAUUCCAUGAGAGUAUGGUCAUAUAUUGCUUACCAACAACAUACUUACCCAUAACUCUCUUAAGUAAUUCUCCACCUGCACCGUGUCUCUAGCUUCUCUCUUUUGUCUAAUAAAAGAAAACAAUUGUUAUUUGUUGUAGCAAAUAUCUGGUGGAAAACAUGCAGACACAUCUUUUUUGAAAGAUUUCUUUUAAAAAUCAUAGACGUCUUUCGAUAAAUGUGAAUAUAUUCAAUAUCAUUUUUUAAAAAUUGGCAAUAUUUUUCUAACUGAGUUUAAGUUGUGGCACCGUGCCAUUAGCUCCUCAUAUUUUGUGACAUUAAACUGAGUUAAAGUUGUGGCACCGUGCCAUUAGCUCCUCAUAUUUUGUGACAUUAAACUGAGUUAAAGUUGUGGCACCGUGCCAUUAGCUCCUCAUAUUUUGUGACAUUAAACUGAGUUAAAGUUGUGGCACCGCGCCAUUAGCUCCUCAUAUUUUGUGAAUUAAAUAUUACAGAUGUUAGUAAUGUUAAUUCUGGUUCAAUCAGGAACCACUGAAAAACAUUGUUUGGAGAUUCUGAUGGACAUGCACUUUAGAGACAUGGUGAAUAGAAGUAGAAGAAAUCUCAUGGUUUAUGUGCACUGUGCACAUUAACACUAAAAACUUAUGGCUAAAAUGUUGUACAUGACCUUCCUAGCCAGGCUGAAAUGUUGUACAUGACCUUCCUUCUGAAUUACCUCUUGGCGAUAGUAAAAUGAAAGACUGCUUUACUUGUAACAACUUGAUUUACACCAUCUGGUGUUCAAGGAAAAAAUGUUGGUUACAGGCAACCAGCCUAAUGAUCAGUUCAGGGAACAUUUGUAAGUCUACAGACCUGUUUACUCUUACCAUUUUGGCGUACAUUGUGCCAUUUUGAGAUGUCUUUUACAAAUGUAUGCCAAGACCUGAUAAGACUACGAGCUUAAGAGACCUGUUUGAAAAUAUGACAUGCAUAUAUAUUCCGGUAGCUUUCCCCAUUAAAAAAAAAUAUUUAAAAAAAAUACAUUUUCGGUUUUUAGUUUUGACUUGCAUUUGCAUUCUACAUCCAGCUGUGAAUGAAUCGAGAAAUAUGAUUCGCUGGGGAUCAUAUGUAAUUUUAUUAUGUUUGCCCUGAGAGGGGAUUGAAGUUGAUUUUGGGAUAUUUUGUGUACGGGUGUUGUGAGAGCAGGAUCUAAAUAUUGAAGUCUAUAAAAUUAACACUGCCACAUAUUUAUAAUGAUAGAGGGGAUGGUCAUAUUGUUGCUUUGUGUUUAAAUUAAAUUAUAAACUCGCUAGACACAGCUAGAAAAUUAUUUGAGUAGAGGCCCUUGUGACAAUUUAAGUUUUAGUCAAUCCGGGCCAUCCUUGCGCUUUGAAUGGAGUUUUCAAAUAUUUAUUUCGCCUACGCGUGUAUAUGGAGGGGGAGGUAUCUCGGGUGAAAGUAUGUACGUCAUUCAAAAAUUUUAUAAUAUCCAUCAUGGUACUCUGAAAGUAAAAAAAUAGCUUAUUUAUAUCUCGAAUGCUGUAAAAAUAUCACCCGUUGUUUUGUAAAAAUGUUCGUAUAAUGUUGCCAUGUAUUUUCACAAAUGAACUCGCUAGAUAUACUAAGUUAGUAAUCAGUAGUGGAGGUGUACAGUAACAUUUAGUCCACCUUGUGAUGUUUCAUUUGUUGGCAAAUGCCAGUGGUUCUGCACCUUUGCCAAAUUCAGGUUUUCACGCUGCUCCCUGUGUUAAAUUCUAACAGGAUACUUUGAAAUAGCGAAUACAUGAACAAAAUAAAAUAAAGGGUUGGUUAAAAAAAUAAAUAUAACACUUAUGUAGGUCACUAAGCAUCAUUUAUUAAUUGGCAACCGUAGCUACUCAAGUGAGUGACUGUUAGCACUAUGACCACUAAAUGUCACAUGGAUUAAAAGUGGAAAUAAAAUUAUGAAAAUUUCGUUUUAUUUUUGCAACAACCCUGUGAGCAUUAGAGUGAGCAUACCACAGCAACCCUGAUAGAAAAACUGGAUGGGGUGGGGCCCUGGGGGAAAAAACAGUACGAGUGCAAAUGGGGGUAGGGUGUAAAUUUUUUUACCUUUUUGCAUAUUUACCAUACAGAUGGCCCCUCCUCGAGUUUGUUUGCUUAGGUGCUGUAUGACGUAAUAUUGUGACACAAUUAUUUCUUACGGUUGAACCGGGAUGAGAACAGAAACAGAGAUAACUAGAGAAUGCAUUCUUCACUGUUCUGAGCAGCAAUCUUAGAUUUCGACAUAUUUUAUAGGACCCGAGAGUCCCUUUUAUGCACUAAACAGUUUUAAGAUUUUUAAUAUCCCCUCUUCCUGUCUCCCAUUUACAGCUUGUGGUGGUUAUCAGACUGUCAUAUGUUAAUGGGAAACAUGCAUAAUGGAUUAUUAUUAAUCUUUUUUUAAAAUUUGCUUUUCCUAAAAAAUAAGUCUCAAGUUACUUGGUAGGAUUUUUAAAAAAUGACGCCCAGCUUUGUUAAUUAAUUCUUAUUUUAAUACCGGUACAUUUUAUUUUAUGCUAAAAUGACUUCAAGUUUGAACCACCUUAAAUUUGACUAGUAACUUUAUUUGUAAGGUACCAAAAACAGACUGGGAUUGGGAUAAUAUGAUCUACACGUUCACCUAAAUAUUAAUUGAUAUCUAUUGCAGAUACACAUCUGUAAAACAAAGUAGCACUAUAAACAUCAGUUAUCUAACUUUAGAAGUUACCCUUUUUUUGUCACCAGCUUAACUCGAUCCCAUUAGACACGUGAUGGAGAUAGCCAUCGUAUACAUUACAUAUUCUGCAUGCUUAUUUAUUUACUAUUAAGAUACCUUAUUUUAUGAUUUUGAGAUGAUAUUGUACGAUUUUAGAAGUUCAAGGGUAAACAGGUCUGGGUCCAUUUCAUGCGCAAUGUAACUCAUUUGUCAUACUGAUCUUUUAUUACAGCUAGUAGUUAUGUUAAAGCAAUUUGAAACUUUAAAAAAUCAUUUCACGGACCAUGCUUUUUUACUUUUUAACCCAGAAUCAAUGUGUAUAUAAAAUAUUUUACUAUUUUUACAUACAUGCUGCAUGAAAUCAUAGGCUGUAGCUCAUGAAGAAGCAUUGGCACAUGUUCAAAUACUUUUGUGUCAUUGUUUAUACAAGGCUAGCAAUUAUCUUCAAAUAUUUCAAAGCAACUAGUUUGCCACUAGAACGCCUACAUAAAAUAGUAGUAAAAAAAAUACAGUGACAUCUUUUGAUAAAAUACAAUUAAAUUUCACCUGAUUUACUUUACACUGUUAUUCAUCCCAUUAUUUCAUAUAACUUUUAUUUCCAGCCAAAAGCCGUACCAUUUCCCUUCACUUCGGUGCAACAGUAUGAAUCAUCACUGCGACAACCUGUGUCUCGCGGUUUAGUCCCCGAGUCUGCCACCAAAUUGCUAACAAAGCCAGAAGUUGUGACUAAACUUGGACACAUAAUAAAACCAAUUCUCAAAGAAGAUUAUUUCAGUAAAAGUAAAUCAUCUGAAAUGGAUUUAAAAUGAUUUCGUUUUUGAAUUAAAGCUGAAACCAUAUCAAGUGUUUCCAAAUUAUAUUGACUCCGAGUUGAUUUUUCUAGAUUUUUCUUGUCAGUCAUUAGUUAUGUCCACAUUUUAUUUUUUUUUACUUGUACUAUCAUUAUUAUUAGCAUCCUGCUACUCUCACACUGGUCAUU